UUUUAAACAUGAUUUUUAUCCGCAAAAAAAAAUUUCCAUCCACGAUUUCUAAAACGUCCCAUCUGCAAAUGGCAAUAAAAAUGGCAACAACAACAAAAAAGACUGCUACCCUAACUACAAGUCGGAAGCUAACUUCAAUGGGAGUAUGGCGGGUUAUUUUGACUGAUACGAUCGGCCAUAAUUGACUGUACUUUUUACAGCGGUGUGAAAAGUUAAGUUUGCGUCUCUGUUCUCCUUACACAGAUACAUUCAGCACAUAGUUAUUGCUUUCUUUUCAGCUGCUCUGCCACGAAAGUAACCGGCUCCAACUCGAAGGGAGCGAAGCUGACAGGAAUCCUGACAUAAUGGAGAAGUUGUCAUCAGACGACUCGAAUCGAAAUGUCCACGGCCUCUCACACGGUGGCAAGAUAAUCCUAUUCACCUGCAAACGUGAUCCAGCCGUGAAUGUAAGCGAAAGAAGCGGCCUGACGUUCCGUAGUUUCUACUUUGAACGUGAAGGCAACGCGUUCCUGAAUGCAACAGAGGGAGCAACUGCAGUCAGUAGGAAACCGUCGGCUCGUGUGGACAUUGUGACGUGUAAAUGCGCCGUGGAUGUUCAGAAAAGGGUCAAAACCGCCUUCGUUUUGGUAACAAAGAAGAGUGCGAAGGGAAGCAGCUUCAAAUACAGCCUCCUCGCACUGAGAAGCUCACAGCGACUGGAGCCCUGCAUUGAGUUCAAGCUCCCCUACCAAAUGAAGGGCAAGGUGUGCAUCCUUCAGGGUCCCACUGUGCUGUGGAGCCAUGAUAACAGUGUCUCUUAUACAUCCCCUCUGGCCGCAGGCGUGCGAACCAUCCCCAUUCAAAUGUCCAAAUGUAUGUUCGGAGAACUUCCCAUCCAGCAGGGGCAACUUUUUGCUCUUGGACUUUCAGAGCCACUUUUAGCUCAUCAUUCCCCGACACUCGGCUAUUUGCUUAAGGGAGGACAGGCGUUUGAUGGCGCUCUGAUUUUACCACAUCCCUACAUUUGCAUCACACAGUGCAUGCGGAUUCUCUCUGCUGACAGAGUCGAUGACGUGCUGAGAUGUGCUGCUAUUGCUGCGACUUCAAAUCAGCAGCUGGUGCUUUUUGAAAACGGGACCGUAAAAGACACAUGCGAGGUUCCCUUUGGGGACGCUGAAGACAUUCAGAUGGUUGACACAGGAAGAAACGGAUGUCUGUUUGUUGUGUCCUUUAAACAAGGCCAUGUUUGUGCUGUAUGGAAGGAAACAUUUCAGAUAGCCUCCUGUUGGUCAGACGUCGGCUCUGCACAUGUGGAUGAUUUCCUCGGAUGUGGAACAGAACAGAUUCUGUUGAUUUUUAGAAAUAAAGGAAUAUCCAGUGGACCACUGGAAAAAUUUCUUAUCACUGACCUCUGUGGUAUUUCUUACUCUUGUGGUCAAGGCUCUGAAGCACCGAAGGCAAGUCCACCUCCUCAGGAAAACUCACUCCUCACUCUUCAGGCUUUGGAAUCCAGAUUACAGAGUGGAUUGAUCGUCCUUCAAGAGCUUGAAAGAGAAGUGAGAGUGAAGGACAGAGUUGUACAGCAAUCAAUCCAAGUCCUCACUGAUGUGCUUUCAGGAAGGGAGACUGUUCUCAGCCAGCCUGAGCAGGAAGGCCUUGUUGCCCUGUGGGACAGUGAUGAAGAGUCCAAUGAUGAGACUCUGGAUGACAAGUUGCAUGAAUCGCCGGCGCUGUCUUCCAGACCUAAAAUUGACCAGCUGUGGCAUCGCAUCACUGAGGAGCAGCUGGUUGUUGGACUGAUACUAACCGCUGACAGUGGCAUACCAGUGAGCGGUGUGAGUUUAUCCCUCCUGACAGAGCCGAGCCAGAACUCGACGCCUGCAGUAAUCCAGACCCGGAGCCAAGUGUUCUGGCUGCCUGUGCGCGGCCCCUCGACACCAACACUCUCCUCCCCAUCGUCUGGCUUUACGUUCUCUGAGCCCGCAGCCAAAAGAAGCAGGCAGCACAUCGCCAGCGAUGAUUUCAGUGCAUGUAGACUGGCUGUGACUGCAGUGACCAAGCUGGCACCUCUGCUGACCUCUGGCUGUGUCAAGUGCCAUGCCAUGCUUCAUUACGUGGAGAAAGCAGAGGCUGUUUUCCCUGGGAGCAGCCCAACAACAUCUGUACUCCACUGUGGGGAAGUUUCAUUAGAAAUGCAUGAUCUUUGCCAGAAGCCGCUUCUGCAAAACCCUCAAAUAAAAGCAGAUGAGGUUAGAGAAGACCUUCUGAGUCUGUUGACUGUUCUGGAUGAUUGGGUUUUGCGCAUAGACUCUCCAGAUUAUAGCUUGGGUGACAUAGAUGGCUGGAUCAAGAGGAGAGAGGAUUUUAAAAAGAUAGACGUGAGUCCCGAGUAUCUGCUUUUAGAUUCUCCUGGAUCUUCAGCUCCAAUGCUUCUGCGCUGGCAUCAGAUAAACCCUUUCCAAGGGGAUUUAUCCAUCCACAGCAGCCAAUUACAAAUGCUCCAGUUCUUGGACUCCAUGCUGUCGUACCUUCCUGAUUCCUGCUUCAUCCAACCUGUCAAUCGCGCAAGAAGUCAGAGCACGGCUCAAAAAUUAGCUUUUGCUCUAGAGAAAGAGGUGCUGUCACUCAGAGAGGGCUUAUCCUCACUUCUGUGUGUCAAAGAUGAAGAAGAGAGAACCAAGGGGCACGCUGGACACGCUGAAAUCCCUGAUUCUGGUUCUGCUGAGGAUCUCAUUAGGUGUUGUAGGGAGGCGUGGCAGCAGAACGUGGAGAAGAGCCGGAUGAGGCUGAACCCCGUGGUGGAUGCCGGGAGGUAUCGUGAGAUGAUCCAAAGUAUUUCACAAGUCAAGAUGGAUUCAGAUCUGGCCGCUCUGCGUCAGCUGUAUCAAUCAUAGAGACGGUUUCUGCCCUGUUUAUGAUUAUGUUGGAUCAUAAACAUAGCUAUAACAGAUUUUUUUUGUGCUUGGACUGGUCAUUAAAAAAGGAGAUGAUGCUUCAGAGCAACUGUGAAUCUUCACUGAUAUCUUGACCACUUGAUUUAUGUGGUAAAUCACCCUAAUCUUCUGCUUUCUCCACUGAUUCUUAAGUUGGGACCCUGGCUGAACCACUCCAAAAUGUUAAUGUCAAUCCAGUCGGGAAAAAAACAAACACAUUGGUGAAAAUGCAACAUUUAUUUCAACCUAAAUGUGGAAGGAACGUAAAUUAUUUUAGGCUGAACUGUAGGCCUAUACCAUAUCUCAAAUCUAUAUUUUUACUCUAAUUCUCUAAUUAUCUUCUACCUGAUUCCUCUCAUUCAUUUCCUGUUUGUAUUUCCUUCCUCUCUUGACUUUAAAUUAAGUCAGUUAUGCAACAAGGAGAAUUUUCCUUUUUCUCCUUUGAUAAAGCUUAUGUUUCACACAUUAAGGCAACCAGAGCCACAAAAACAGACAUGUAAAUAAAAAAUAAAUUAAAAAAAAAAAACACUAAAUUGUGAAAUUAGUUUACUCAGGCUGUUAGAUUGUCAUCUGUCAUUCUCUUUGGCCGAGUGUUCAGUCCACGUCUGUUGGAUCACCUCGUGGGACUCAGCCCUAAUCGGAUACUGUCGUGAUUCUGUCCCUUCUUAUUCAUUGCACAUCCCUUUAGACCCUCCGUGUUAGAAAGGCUUCUUUAAUAUCUGUAGCUGCUGCCUCUGCUGUGUGCUAUUCUCCAGGGAAUAAAGACUAAAGUUAGGGACAGCAGGUCGUGGCAGGGAAAAUCUUUAUACAUUUUCUGGCUGGUUGUAUUUGCCCAAAAGCUUUUAGUGGUACUUUACCCCCAUGGUCAAAGUAUUUCACUCUUCACUGAUUUAAUAAAAAACAGCUUUUCUUUUGAUGUCAUGCAGACCAUCCUCACCGCAGUGAUAUUCAACUCAAUACACAAAUUAGAUACAUAAGGUCAGUGUCAGCUUGACCAGUUUGGCUUUAAGGUUUUCUUGUCUUUUUUUCUUUUUUCGCAGUUUGCGUUUGCUUAAAUAUCAUUUCCAUUGCUUUUUUUUAAAAAAAAAUACAUAUUUUAUUGUUCAGACCUAGA